GAAACCAGUCUUCAGGCGCCAAGAGACCCCCUCAGUCUCGAUCUGGCGACCAAAAUCUUUUGGGACUCGUAGUUGUCUGUCGCAGGGAGUUCUGGGACUUGUAGUUUUCAAGUGUGGCAAACUACUCUUCUUUCCCUGUUCUUGCACCCAAGUCACUUCGUGGGAGCAGCAAGGCUUUUCCGAGGCUCAGGAGGCCCCGGAACGCUAGGGCAGCACGAACUGCUAACCGAGGGAGAAGCCGGGCACAGCGAUUGGCGCCGACCUGCUUCCGGGACCCGGAGGAGGGGCUGAGUGUACGCCCCGCCCCUGUGGGCGGGACCAGGCCUGAGACUUUCCUAAACCUUUGCAGGACACCAUGAAGCAACUGCCCGUCUUGGAGCCUGGAGAGAAGCCCAGGAAAGCAACAUGGUACACCUUGACACCCCCCGGAGACAGCCCUUGUGCUCGAGUUGGCCACAGCUGCACAUAUUUACCUCCAGUUGGUGAUGCUGAGAGAGGGAAGAUCUUCAUUGUCGGAGGAGCAAAUCCAAACCAAAGCUUCUCAGAUGUGUACAUCAUGGAUCUGGGAACACACCAGUGGAACUUGGCCACCCAGGAGGGCCUCUUGCCCCGCUAUGAACAUGCUAGCUUCAUUCCCUCCUGCACACCUGACAGCAUCUGGGUAUUUGGAGGAGCUGAUCAAUCAGGAAACCGAAAUUGUCUACAAGUUCUGAAUCCAGAAACCAAGACAUGGAGCACACCAGAAGUGACCAGCCCUCCACCAUCUCCGAGAACAUUCCACACAUCAGCAGCAGCCAUUGGAAACCAGCUCUACGUCUUUGGGGGUGGAGAGAGAGGUGCUCAGCCUGUGCAGGAUGAGAAGCUGCAUGUGUUUGAUGCAGACACGCGGACCUGGUCACAACCUGAGACACUUGGAAAUCCUCCGUCUCCCCGGCAUGGUCAUGCGAUGGUGGCAACAGGGACGAAGCUCUUUAUCCAUGGAGGCCUGGCAGGGGACAAAUUCUUUGAUGAUCUCCACUGCAUUGAUAUAAGAGACAUGAGGUGGCAGCAGCUCAGUCCCACAGGUGCUACUCCAGCAGGCUGCGCUGCUCAUUCAGCAGUGGCAGUGGGAAAACACGUGUACAUCUUCGGGGGGAUGACUCCCACUGGGGCGCUGGACACCAUGUACCGUUACCACAUAGAAAAACAGCAUUGGACCUUACUUAAAUUUGAUACUUUUCUACCCCCUGGACGAUUAGACCACUCCAUGUGUAUCAUUCCAUGGCCAGUGACUUCUACUGCUGAGAUAGACUCACAGUCUGUCACACUGAACUGUGAGGCCGAGGAAGGAGAUUCCACUGGUGAAGUGACCCAGAGGAGUGACUUACGUGGGGAGUGUCUGACUGACACACUGCUAUGUUUUGUGUUUGGUGGGAUGAAUACAGAAGGGGAGAUCUACGACGACUGUAUCGUAACUGUAGUUGACUAAUAAAAGCCACACACUUAUUUUCAUAAAAGUGAAA